AUGUCCACACGGGGUUCGUCGCCGCCCCGUAGCGGUGACGUUGCCGUUGUGGGCAUGUCGUGCCGUCUGGCUGGCGGCGUGUCGACGCUCGAUGACUUUUGGACACUGCUCUCGCGGUCGCGCGACGGAUGGCGCACCAUACCAAAUGAAAGGUUUUCGAGCGACGCCUACUACCAUCCCAACCCGCAGAAGAAGGGCUGUUUUAAUCAAAAGGGGGGCUAUUUCAUGGACAAAGACUUCUCCGAGUUCGAUGCUCCGUUCUUUCAGAUAACAGAGCAAGAAGCUUUGGCAAUGGACCCCCAGCAAAGACAGCUACUGGAGUGCUCUUAUGAGGCUCUCGAAAAUGCGGGACUUGCCAAAGAGUCUCUCUCGGGUUCCAACAUGGGCGUCUUCGUUGGCGCCGCAUCCUCGGGCUACCGUAUGGGCACCCUCAAGGAUCUGAGUCAGGUGCCCAUGUUCGAUGCCACGGGUAACCACCAGUCUAUUCAAGCCGGCCGUAUUUCCUACUACUUUAAUCUUUCAGGGCCUAGCUUCUCUAUUGAUACAGCAUGCUCUUCGAGUUUGUACGCCCUUCAUUUAGCGGUCCAGAGCAUCCGCUCGGGAGAGUCCGACUCUGCCCUCGUCGCGGGUUGCAGUUUGCAUUUAAACCCAGAUGACAUGAUUUCUAUGUCCAUGCUCGGGAUAUUUUCCGAUCACGGACGCACAUAUGCUUUUGACCACCGCGCCAAGUCGGGCUACGCCAGAGGCGAGGGCGCGGGCUGUGUCAUUCUCAAGCCGCUCGAGAAGGCUCUUGAGGAUAAUGACAAUAUUCGAUCCAUCAUCGUCAACACAGGUACAAAUCAAGAUGGCAAGACAGUUGGUAUCUCUACGCCUAGCGGUGAGGCUCAAGAACGCCUCAUUCGAGACGUCUACGCACGAGCCAAUAUCUCUACCGACGAUGUGGGCUUCGUUGAGGCGCAUGGCACAGGAACAAGAAUUGGGGACCCCAUUGAAGCCGGAGCCAUAAAGAGAGUCUUCGGUAACGGCCGUACAAAGAGAUCGCCAUUGUACAUGGGCUCCGUCAAGACCAACGUGGGCCAUUUGGAAAACGCCAGCGGCAUCAUCUCGAUCAUCAAGGCGACGCUGAUGCUAGAAAAGGGUUUCAUCCUGCCCAACGUCAAUUACGAGAAGCCCAAUCCGGCCAUCCCGCUCGACGAGUGGAACAUCAAGAUUCCUACCAGUCUUCGCCCGUGGCCCAAAAACAAAAAGUACGUCAGCAUCAAUAACUUUGGCUUUGGUGGUUCCAACGCCCACGCAAUUCUCAAGGCGCGGCCAAGUGCCUACGCAGACUUCGUCCAGGAUACCAAGACGGAGCUGGACAAACCGAGACUGUUCGUCCUUUCUGCGCACGACGAAGGCGCAGCCAAGCGUGUAGCCGCGCAGCUCGGCAUCUUCAUCGAACAGCACCCUGAAGUCUUCCAGAAGCGCCUAAUCAAAGACAUUGCGUACACCCUGGGUGAGAGGCGAUCCCAUCUCGCCUGGCGAGUUGCCCUGGCGGCUUCUUCUUGCGACGAGCUUGCUACUUCCUUAAACGGCAUCGAUGCAAUACCCUCUCGGAUCUCUAUUAGACCCAGCUUGGCCUUUGUUUUUACUGGACAGGGUGCCCAGUGGCCGCGGAUGGGCUGUGAGUUGCUCGAAACUCACCCGAUAUUUGCCACCGCUAUUGAGACCGCUUCCAAGUACCUCACUGGCAUCGGCGCCGACUUCAAUCUGCUCGACGAGCUGUGCAAGUCUGCCGAUCGGUCCAAUGUAAGCAAGGCGCACAUCUCACAGCCCAUCUGCACUGCUGUCCAGCUUGGACUGGUGGCUCUGCUGUCUUCCUGGGGCAUCGAGCCGUCUAUGGUCAUGGGCCACUCGAGUGGUGAGAUUGCUGCGGCCUAUUCUACCGGUGCCAUCACUCUCGAGGAGGCAAUGGCCGUCGCCUAUCACCGUGGCCAGGUCAGCUCCGACAUGAAGGUCAAAAAUUCCGAUCUUCGAGGCGCUAUGCUUGCUGUUGGUGCUGGACCCUACGAGGUCAAGGCCAUCAUCAAGUCCCUCGGCCUCCCGAACAUCAACGUCGCAUGCGAAAACUCACCCAACUCAAUCACCGUCUCAGGCGAUGAGCACUCUAUCGACAGGCUGGCUGCCGAGCUCGAGAGCCGCAGCGUCUUCAACCGCAAGCUACGCGUCGACGUUGCAUACCACUCUGCUCACAUGCAGGUCGUGGCCGCCGACUAUAUGGCGGCCAUCAAGGACGUUCAGUCCGAAGCAACUGGCUGCGUCAAGUUCUAUUCAUCUCUGCUAGGUAGGAAGCUGGAAAACACGGUAAUGCUGGGUGCAUCGUACUGGAUCGACAACCUGACCAAGCCGGUCCUCUUCUCUUCUGCUCUACAAGAGAUGUACAGCGAUGCCAAGCCCGACAUUAUUGUCGAGAUUGGUCCUCAUGCCGCUCUCGAAGGCCCUAUCAAGCAAAUACUGAAGAGCAUCAGCCAGAAAGCGGCCACUGAGGUCAAGUACUUCCCUUCACUGGUCCGCAGCCAACACGCCACCACCAACAUGCUCAAGUUGGCCGGGAAUAUGUUCUUGCAAGGCCAUACCAUUGACUUCAAUGCCGUCAACCAGUCCUAUGCCGGUGCGCAGAAGCCUGCCGUUGUUAGCGACUUGUCUCCCUACCCGUGGUCCGAUCACAAGUACUGGUUCGAGUCCCGCGUGGCUAAGCAACAUCGUCAGAAACCCUUUGCUCGACAUGACUUGCUGGGUGUGCUAGACGACAAUUCCAACAACACAGAGCCGACUUGGCGCAAUACCAUCAGCACGAACGACAUUCCAUGGCUUAAGGACCACAAGAUGCAGUCCCUUUCUACCUUUCCUCUGGCGGGAUAUCUUUCCAUCGCGGUCGAGGCGUCUUUCCAGUGUGCGCUCCUUCGCGGCAUCUCCGAAGAUCAAAUCGGUGGCUUCAAGCUCCGUGACAUCCAAGCGUCCAAGGCAUUCAUCCUAGAUGACGGGGCUCAUUACGAGACGCUCGUCACUCUGCGAUCGUACGCCGAGGGAACUAAAUCCUACUCCACUACCUGGGAUGAGUUCCGCAUCUCGUCGUACGCGACUGGACGUGGCUGGCUAGAACAUUGCCGUGGCCUCGUGUCGAUCAAGAAGCCCGAAGUCUCCAACCCAGUAUGGGACAGCCAGCUUCGAGGCGCAGCCAAGCGUCGCAAGAUCGUUCAGAACGCGUCUGAAGCCGAUGAUAUUUCUCUAGACAGCUUCUAUUCGGAGCUGGAGGAACGCGGCGCUGGCUACCGCUCUACUUUCACGAUGCAGCCUGGCAGUGGCCUGCAGAUUGCUGGGAAUUACUCCAUGAGUACCAUCACGAUUCCUGACACCGCCUCCUGCAUGCCUCACCAGUACGAGACCCCUUAUGUCCUACCCACAGCGUUUCUGGAUCUCUUCUUCCAGCUUACAUUUCCCAUUCUGGGUGCUGGACGCGGCGUAAUGCCCUCUCUCUUCAUGCCCUCGUUCAUCCGUGAGGUCGACAUUAGUAACACCCUUUCAAGGGUAGCCGGUCAGCACGUCCAGGUUGUGGCUCAUGGCAAGCCAGAUCUUGCCAGCGCCGGUCCCGUUGACUUUGAUAUUGACGCCUGGCAGGGUGACGAACAGGAGCCUGUGGUCAAGUUUGCUGGCUUUAAGAUGACUCCUGUGAAGAACGAGGACGUUGAGAGCGAAAAGGCCCGCAAACUUUGCUUCACUGUCAGGUGGGAGCCGCUGCGCGGCUGUCCGGCUACCAAGUCGAAGGAGAAUGGUGUAGUUUACGAGAAUGACCACGGGCAGGACAUUAAUGAUGUCCGCCAGCAACCCAAUGGCUAUGGCCAUACUAGUGGUACCAAUGGGCACAGCAACGGCGAACAUGGUACCAACGGUCACGCAAACGGAACUGGUGAAGUCGAGAAUGGCCUCGAAAACGGGACCACUGGGCAUUUUGCUCCUGUCGACGCCGUCAAGAACAUCCUCGAGGACGAAAUCACACUGAUUGCCGAUUCCGAGCACUCAACCCCCAUAGUGUCAGCCCUACUGAAGCUCAUCGAGCUUCGUACCGGUAGGGUCGCCAGCAUCGUGCCUCUGUCAAAGCUCGACGUCUCUUCGUCCACACGAUACGUCUGCCUGGCUGAGCUGGAUACUCCCCUUCUUUACGACAUGACGGCCGAGACUUUUGAGAGAGUUCAGACCCUGCUACUCAACUCCAGAUCCACGCUGUGGGUAACCCGCGGCGCUUACCGCUUCGCAGAGAAUCCCAAGAACAGCAUCUGCCAGGGGCUCCUUCGCACAGUUCGUUCUGAGGCUAACAAGGCGGCGGCAUACCUCGACCUGGAUCCCAACUCUCAGCUUGCACCAUUCGAGAGCGCGGGGCUUAUCCUCCAGGCUAUCGCGGUGUCCGUUGCCACGCCCGAAGACGAUUAUCCCGUUCACUACGAGUUCGCCGAGGAAUCAGGCGAGCUGUACGUACCUCGCGUGGUUGAGCAGGAAGAUAUGAAUCUCACCGUCUUUCGCGGCACGCAAUCUACCACUACAUACCCGCAAGACUUCCACCAGGAUGGACGACGCCUGAAGGUCGUUGUUGGCACUCCUGGCGCUCUUGAUUCUCUCUACUGGAAGGACGAGGUUGAGCGGUCGCUGGCCGAGGGCGAGAUUGAGAUUAUGGUUAAGUCGACUGGCAUGAACUUCAAGGAUGUGGUCAUUGCCAUGGGACAACUAGCCAGCUCUUACUUGGGGGUUGAAUGCAGUGGAAUAGUCAGUCGUGUCGCGGCUGACGUGACCACUUUAAAGGUCGGCGAUCGUGUCUGUGCUACGUCUCUGGGGGCGUAUGGUACUUACACGCACUGCGCUGCCACGAGCGCAGCCGUCAUUCCUGAAGACAUGACGUUCGAAACUGCGGCCUCUAUCCCCGUUGUUUACUGCACGGCCUACUACGGCAUUGUCGUUCUCGCUCGGACUGAGCCCGGUGACAAGAUUCUCAUCCACGCUGCCUCUGGUGGUGUUGGGCAGGCCGCCAUUCAGCUGGCCCAGAUGCUCGGUGCCGAGAUCUUCGCCACAGUGGGCAGCCUUGACAAGAAGAAGCAUAUUAUGGAGACAUACAACAUCCCGGAGAGCCACAUCUUCUACAGCCGUGAUACUUCAUUUGGACCGGCUGUGCGGGAGGCCACCGGUGGCAAGGGGGUAGAUGUCGUAAUCAACUCCCUAGCCGGUGAUCUGCUCCGCGAAACGUGGGAGUGUAUCGCCCCAUUCGGUCGCUUCAUUGAGAUUGGCAAGCGAGACAUCACUUCCAACACGAGGCUGGAAAUGUCCAAGUUUGAGUACAACUGCACCUUUAGCUCCGUCGAUCUGACUCUUGUCGCUGCCGAACGCCCCAAGAUCAUGGCUCGCGUUCUGACUGCCGUCAUGGACUUGUUGGCCAAGAAGAAUGUAGCUCCUAUUGGUCCUAUUACCACGGUCGGUAUCUCCGAGCUUGAGUCCGCUCUACGAAUGCUGCAGAGUGGCAAGACCAGUGGGAAGGUGGUUGUAAGCCACCAGGUCAAUGAGCAAGUGAAGGUCACGCAUCCAGCUCCUCCAGCAAACCUCCUCAGAAGCGACGCAACCUACAUCAUCAUCGGAGGAACCGGUGGCCUGGGUCGUUCGAUGACUAAGAGACUGGUACAACGUGGAGCUCGUAUUAUUGUGCUGCUUUCCCGAAGCGGCAAGAUGACAGACGAACUCGAUGCUCUGAGCCAACAGAGUGCCACAUUGGGAGCUUCCAUUCUCGUCAAGCCGUGCGAUGUAGGCGAUCAGGCAAGCGUCUCGACGUUGAUGGCCGAACUGGAAAAGAAUCUACCUCCCAUCAAAGGCGUCAUUCACGCGGCCAUGGUUCUCAAGGAUGUACUCUUUGAGAAGAUGAAGUUUGACGAGUAUGAAAGCGUGGUCCGAUCCAAGGUCGCUGGUGCUUGGAACUUCCACCACGCCCUCGAGAGCAGCAACCUCGAUUUUUUCGUCGUCCUAUCAUCCGUUGCUGGUAUCGUGGGUAACAGAGGACAAGCUGCGUACGCCGCUGCAAACACAUUUCUCGAUGCCUUGACCCAUUUCCGUCGACGCAAGGGCCUCGCUUCAACAUCAUUGGAUCUAACCGCCGUUGAAGGCGUCGGCUACCUGGCCGAGAACUCUGCCCGUCAGUCUCAAGUUCUGAGAAGCCUAUCUGGCAAUGCCAUGGACGAGGCCGAGGUUCUAGCCCUGAUCGAGUCUGCCAUCAACGGCAAGGUCGGGACCAUUUGCCAGGACCAGUGCAUCACUGGCCUCAGCUUCGAGAACCCGUCUUCGCUGCCUUUCUACGCUUCCGAUGGUCGAUUCUCUCAACUCCGUACUGCUGCUUUGGCUGAGCUGGCUGACGCCAAUUCCUCUGCGUCUUCGGCGACCCUUUCUAUUGGACAACAAUUGAGGCGUGCUGCCAGCUCAGACGAGGCAGUCGAGAUUGCCACCAUCGGUCUGCGAGAUAAGCUCGGCGCUAUCUUGAUGCUACCUCAGGAAGUCAUGGAGAUGCAGAAAGCGACGACGUCCAUCACCGCCUUCGGCUUAGACUCCCUCAACGCAAUUGAGCUGCGGAACUGGAUCGACAAAGAGCUGCAGGCUCACUUGCAGGUGCUGGAGCUGUUGACCAGUGGUGGUCUGGCUGACUUGGCUGCCCUGGUGCUGAGGAAGACGAGACUCCAUGGACCGUGGUCCAAAGUUCAGGAGUAA